GGCAAGCACAGGCACCGACAAGUAAAAGAAGACUUUGAUGAACUCAAGGAGCAGACGGAGCCGGAUAUCCCGGUCCUUCGAGUCACGGGCGUCAAGGGCUCGUUCGGCUCGAUUAAGGGGCCAUUUAUCAAUGGUCUCAUUCACUGCCGACCUAACGACGCCAGUCGUUGGAGGGUUAGUGGAAUCAUUGAUAAGAGUCGAGUUGAUCUUUUGCAACGAUGGAGUUUGCAAGCUCAGGCUAAUGACAGCCAGGUAAAAAAACAAAUGUAA